ACCUCCCACCAGGUGGGGUAUGUGUCAAAAUAGUUGUCAAAUCUACUAUACAAAACCUCCAAUAAAGCUUAUAAAUUAGCGGAUUGCGCGUUUAUUUCGAACAAAUUGUUAGUAUAGCGUUUAGUGUAGCGCGAAACUCUUUCCCGUUAGAAUUUCCCCGCGAAAAACGGCUUUUCGCUUCGAUAUCAUCAUUAAUUUUCAAAAUGGCCGCCACGAGACGAUUGCAAAAGGAGUUGGGCGAUAUUCGGAACUCUGGUUUGAAAUCGUUCAGGGAUAUUCAAGUCGACGAGAGCAAUAUACUUACUUGGCAAGGACUUAUUGUACCAGAUAACGCACCGUAUAAUAAAGGAGCAUUUAAAAUCGAAAUCAAUUUUCCUGCUGAAUAUCCUUUUAAGCCACCUAAAAUUAGUUUUAAAACGAAAAUUUAUCACCCAAAUAUCGAUGAGAAGGGGCAAGUUUGUUUGCCAAUAAUCAGUGCGGAAAAUUGGAAACCUGCUACAAAAACCGAACAAGUGGUUCAAGCUUUAGUAGCUUUAGUGAAUGAACCGGAACCUGAACACCCACUCAGAGCGGAUUUAGCAGAAGAAUAUUUGAAAGACAAAAAGAAAUUUUCAAAGAACGCCGAAGAAUAUACAAAGAAACACGGUGAGAGAAGACCGGCGGAUUAAAAUCGGGUUUCUUUCCGGGGAGUUACAGUUAAAAAAAAAAUAAUAAACACCGCAAUCCACUGCUGCUAGCGAAUAAAAAAAAACUUACAAUAUUAGUCUCUUUUUUUAAUUUGAACGCUAAACAGUUUGGGGAAGAAAAUUUUUUGUGCCUUUCUACUUAAAACAAAAAAAAAAUGUAAUUUUUAAACGUUAUUAUUUAAUCUUUAUUGAUCUUUAAUGAUGGGUUCAUUUGUUAUUGUGAAAAAAGGAGAAAACUUUGUGAUAACACGAAUAAAGCUGCAGUCGAGUGGGGAAAAAUGUUGUAAAUCCUAUAAAUAAUUUUUUUAGAAUUGUAAGGUAAAUAAAUAUCAAUUAAAUACA